GUGGACGCAGGUUGCACGGGUGUGGUAUGCUACAUUUUCUUGUUUAUGUUCCUCACGAGCGUCGUUGAGAUAUCUCACUGUUUUCUAAAAGCGAUAGAAGUUUUGCUUAGAAAUGCGGUUAUGUGACUAAAACGUAAAUAGCGGGGGAAAAAAACAUGUAGUAGCCUAUUUUCCGUUUUCCCUCUGCAGCUUUGGCCCGCUUUCGUGAAGGCGUCGGGCUGUUUAGAAACGUACGUUUUCAGAAAAAUAGUUUUCUGACGCCGAGGAAAACGUGACAACGUUUUGGAAAACGCAAAGAUGCUUGGAGAACGCAAAGAACCGUUGUGCUGAUAAGGAUUUCAUGACCAAACAUUGAUGAAAUCAAGAACUGGCUGCCGUGGAGGGUACAUAACAGGAGAAGAAGUUGCUGCAGGAUGAAAACAUGGCUGCACCAUUUUUUGCACCGCCAGGACCUGACAGCUUCAAAUACUUUACCAGGGAAUCUCUGUGUGAAAUUGAGAAGCGCAUUGCUGAGGAGAAAGCCAAGCCGCCACCUAAACAAGACAACAGCUACCGCGACGAUGACGACGAGAACAAACCCAAGCCUAACACUGACCUGGAGGUGGGCAAGAGUCUACCCUUCAUCUAUGGGGAUAUCCCUCCUGGAAUGGUGGCAACACCAUUGGAGGAUCUCGAUCCUUUCUACAUGAAUAAGAAAACAUUUAUAGUCCUAAAUAAAGGGAAAACAAUCUUCCGCUUUAGUGCCACACCUUCCUUGUACAUGAUAAGCCCUUUUAAUCUCGCUAGACGAAUAGCGAUUAAAAUUUUGAUACAUUCAGUAUUCAGCAUGUUCAUAAUGUGUACGAUUUUGACCAAUUGUGUCUUCAUGACUUUUAGUAAUCCUCCCGAGUGGUCCAAACAAGUAGAGUAUACCUUUACUGGAAUUUAUACGUUUGAAUCAGCUGUAAAAAUAAUUGCCCGUGGAUUCUGUAUAGAUGACUUCACAUUCCUUAGAGAUCCAUGGAACUGGCUGGAUUUCAUGGUCAUCUCAAUGGCAUAUGUAACAGAGUUUGUGGACCUGGGGAAUGUAUCUGCGCUGAGAACAUUCAGAGUUCUCCGAGCAUUGAAAACUAUCUCUGUCAUUCCAGGUCUGAAGACCAUUGUUGGCGCUUUGAUCCAGUCGGUGAAGAAGCUGUCAGAUGUGAUGAUCCUCACCGUUUUCUGCCUCAGUGUCUUUGCCCUCAUUGGCCUGCAGCUCUUCAUGGGAAAUCUGCGACAAAAGUGUGUCAUCUGGCCCAUCAACAUCACCGAACUAUACCAGGCCAAUGGCACCCAUGCAUUCAACUGGGAUGAGUACAUCAUGAACGAAACCAAUUUCUACUUCCUGCCUGACCAGCUAGAUGCUCUGCUGUGUGGAAACAGCUCUGAUUCAGGUCGCUGUCCUGAAGGCUACACGUGCAUGAAGGCUGGUCGCAAUCCAAACUAUGGGUACACCAGCUUUGACAGUUUUGGCUGGGCUUUCCUGGCUCUAUUCCGCCUCAUGACGCAGGACUUUUGGGAGAACUUGUACCAGCUGACCCUGAGAGCAGCAGGGAAGACCUACAUGAUUUUCUUUGUGCUGGUGAUCUUUGUUGGCUCAUUCUACCUUGUGAAUCUGAUCCUGGCUGUGGUGGCCAUGGCAUAUGAAGAACAGAACCAGGCCACUAUGGAAGAAGCAGAGCGAAAGGAGGCGGAGUUUAAAGCCAUGCUGGAACAGCUGAAGAAACAGCAGGAGGAUGCACAGGCUAACGCAAUGGCGACAUCGGCGGGAACGGUGUCUGAGGACGUGGUGGAGGAUGAUGGUGAUGGAGGUGGGAACUUGUCCUGCAGCUCAUCCGAGAUGUCUAAACUCAGCUCCAAGAGUGCCAAAGAGCGACGCAACCGCAAGAAGAAGUGGCGGCAGAAAGAGCAGGACAAGGAGAAAGGGGACAGUGAGAAGUUUGUCAAAUCUGAAUCAGAUGAUGGAAGCAGGUGGAGCAGAUUACGUUUCCCUGACAACCGUUUAGGACGUAGGAGUUCUAUAAUGAACCAGUCUCUGCUCAGCAUCCCAGGCUCACCAUUCCCUUCAAGACGCAACAGUAAGAGCAGCAUCUUCAGCCGCUGCAAGGACGGAGGCUCGGAGAAUGAGUUUGCAGAUGAUGAACACAGCACAGUUGAGGAGUACGACGAGCGGCGUGAUUCGUUCUUAAACCCACAACGUCGCAGCAGCUACACAGGUUACUACGGCAAGUGCAACAGCACUGUGGAUUGCAAUGGAGUGGUUUCUCUCAUCGGACCGGGGCCUGGCGGACGCCUACUGCCUGAGUCAACCACUGAUCUCGAAAUCAAGAAGAAACUCUCAGGCUCUCUAAUGGUUUCUCUAGAGCAGCUUAACACAUCGUUUGGGCGCAAGGAGCGAGUCAACAGUGUCAUGAGUGUGUUAACCAACACAUUGGUUGAGGAAUUGGAAGAGUCUCAGAGGAAUUGUCCACCAUGCUGGUACAAAUUUGCCAACAAGUUUCUUAUCUGGGAAUGCGGACCUGUUUGGAUGAAGAUUAAGAAGAUUGUGAACCUGAUCGUGAUGGACCCUUUUGUAGACUUGGCUAUCACCAUUUGUAUUGUGUUGAAUACUCUCUUCAUGGCCAUGGAGCAUUACCCUAUGACGGAGAAUUUUGAACAUGUGCUGUCUGUCGGAAACCUGGUGUUUACUGGUAUCUUCACUGCCGAAAUGUUUGCCAAACUGGUUGCAAUGGACCCAUACUACUAUUUCCAGGAAGGCUGGAAUAUUUUUGAUGGAAUUAUCGUGAGCUUGAGUUUAAUGGAGUUGGGCUUGGCUGAUGUAGAAGGUCUUUCUGUGCUGAGAUCAUUCCGAUUGCUGAGAGUUUUUAAACUGGCCAAGUCAUGGCCCACUCUUAACAUGCUGAUUAAGAUCAUCGGCAACUCAGUGGGAGCUUUGGGGAACCUGACCCUGGUGUUGGCCAUCAUCGUCUUCAUCUUCGCCGUUGUGGGCAUGCAGUUGUUUGGGAAGAGCUACAAGGACUGUGUGUGUAAGAUCGCUGAAGAUUGCGAGCUGCCCCGCUGGCACAUGAAUGACUUCUUUCAUUCAUUCUUAAUCGUCUUCCGGGUGUUAUGUGGAGAGUGGAUUGAGACCAUGUGGGACUGUAUGGAAGUGGCUGGACAGGGAAUGUGUCUCAUCGUCUUCAUGAUGGUCAUGGUCAUAGGAAACUUGGUGGUCUUGAAUCUGUUCCUUGCCUUGCUGCUGAGCUCAUUCAGCGCAGACAACUUGGCAGCUUCUGAUGAUGACGGCGAGAUGAACAACUUACAGAUUGCCGUUAUUCGCAUUAAGAAGGGAAUUGCCUGGGUGAAGGCCAAAGUUCGAGAGCUGGUCAACAUCAUCCUCAGGAGGAAGGUCACUGACGAGGCCAAGCCGCUAGAUGAAAUGUACGACCGGAAGCUAAACUGCAUCACCAAUCAUACCGGCGUGGACAUCAGUCGUGACAUGGACUAUCAGAAAAAUGGCAACGGGACCAGCAGUGGUAUAGGCAGUAGUGUAGGCAAGUACAUGAUUGAUGAUGACCACAUGUCCUUCAUCCACAACCCCAACCUGACCGUAUGCGUGCCCAUUGCCGUGGGCGAGUCAGACUUUGAGAAUCUCAACACAGAAGAUUUCAGCAGUGAGUCUGAAGCAGAGGGCGGCAAAGAAUUGGAUGAAAUCAGCUCUUCAGAGGGCAGCACCAUAGAUCUUAAACCAGAGGUAGAAGAAGCGGUGGUGGUGGAGGCAGUAGAGGAAUAUGUUGACCCAGAACCUUGUUGGACUGAAGCUUGUGUGGCCCGCUACAAGUGUUGUGAUGUGCCCAUCACGGAGGGCUGGGGUAAGAAUUGGUGGUUCCUCCGGAAGACCUGCUAUCUCAUUGUGGAGCACAACUGGUUUGAAACCAUCAUCAUCUUUAUGAUCCUCCUCAGUAGUGGAGCGUUGGCAUUUGAGGAUGUGUACAUUGAACAGAGGAAGACGAUCCGUAUUAUUCUGGAGUACGCUGACAAGGUCUUUACCUACAUCUUCAUAUUGGAGAUGUUGUUAAAGUGGGUGGCCUACGGUUUUGUCAAGUACUUCACCAACGCCUGGUGCUGGCUGGACUUCUUCAUUGUUGACGUGUCUAUAAUCAGCCUUAUAGCUAAUGCACUGGGCUACUCCGAACUAGGGCCCAUUAAAUCUCUCAGGACACUAAGGGCCCUGAGACCCCUCAGAGCAUUGUCACGUUUUGAAGGGAUGAGGGUGGUAGUCAACGCCUUGGUGGGUGCCAUCCCUUCCAUUAUGAAUGUCUUGCUGGUUUGCCUCAUCUUUUGGCUGAUUUUCAGUAUCAUGGGUGUCAACCUGUUUGCGGGAAAGUAUUACUACUGCUACAAUAUGACUGAAAAGGCAUUGUUCGAAAUUGAUGUAGUCAACAACAAAUCAGAGUGCCAAGCAUUGAUAGAUCAGAACUUCACUGAGGUGCGCUGGAGAAACGUCAAAAUCAACUUUGACAAUGUGGGUGCUGGUUACUUGGCUCUACUGCAAGUGGCAACAUUUAAAGGAUGGAUGGACAUCAUGUAUGCAGCAAUUGAUUCACGAAAGGUGGGAGACCAACCAAAGUAUGAGGACAACAUCUACAUGUAUAUCUACUUUGUUAUCUUCAUAAUAUUUGGCUCUUUCUUCACACUCAACCUCUUCAUUGGUGUCAUCAUUGAUAACUUCAACCAGCAGAAGAAAAAGUUUGGAGGUCAGGAUAUCUUCAUGACAGAGGAACAAAAGAAGUACUACAAUGCUAUGAAGAAGCUUGGCUCAAAGAAACCUCAGAAACCCAUACCCAGACCACAGAACAAGCUCCAGGGCAUGGUGUUUGACUUUGUGACACAGCAGGUCUUUGAUAUCUCCAUCAUGAUCCUCAUCUGUUUGAACAUGGUCACCAUGAUGGUUGAGACAGACGAUCAGUCAAAGGAGACUGAAAACAUUCUGUAUUGGGUUAACUUCAUCUUUAUCGUGGCCUUCACCUCCGAGUUUGUCCUGAAGCUCUUUGCACUGCGUCAUUACUACUUCACCAAUGGCUGGAACGUCUUUGACUGUGUUGUGGUCAUUCUCUCUAUUGUGGGUAUGUUUCUGGCUGACCUGAUCGAGAAGUACUUUGUGUCACCAACUUUGUUCAGGGUUAUCCGUCUGGCUCGAAUCGGACGUAUCUUGCGUCUGAUCAAAGGAGCAAAGGGCAUUCGGACUUUACUGUUUGCACUGAUGAUGUCACUACCAGCCCUGUUUAAUAUCGGCCUUCUGCUGUUUUUGGUCAUGUUCAUCUUUUCUAUCUUUGGCAUGUCAAACUUUGCCUACGUAAAGCGGGAGUCUGGCAUAGAUGACUUGUAUAAUUUUGAAACAUUUGGGAAUAGCAUGAUCUGCCUGUUCAUGAUAACCACCUCAGCAGGGUGGGAUGGCCUUCUUGCUCCCAUUCUCAACUACCCACCUGAUUGUGACCCAAAUAAGGAGAAUCCAGGUACCACAGUGAAAGGAGACUGCGGAAACCCUUCAGUGGGCAUCUUCUUUUUCGUCAUGUACAUUAUUGUCUCGUUCCUUAUCGUGGUUAACAUGUAUAUCGCCAUCAUUCUGGAGAACUUCAGCGUCGCCACAGAGGAAAGCGCUGAUCCACUUUGCGAGGAUGACUUUGAGUCCUUUUACGAAAUCUGGGAAAAGUUUGACCCCACUGCUUCCCAGUUUAUCACCUUUGCCAAGCUGGGUGACUUUGCUGAUACUCUGGAGUACCCACUGCGCGUUCCCAAGCCCAACACUAUAGAGCUGAUCGCCAUGGACCUGCCCAUGGUGAGCGGCGACCGUAUUCACUGCCUAGAUAUCCUGUUUGCCUUCACCAAACGCGUGUUGGGUGACAGCGGUGACCUGGACAUGAUGCGGCAACAAAUGGAGGAACGAUUCAUUGCUGCCAAUCCUUCCAAAGUGUCUUUUGAGCCCAUCACCACCACUAUGCGCCGAAAGCAGGAGCACAUGUCUGCCGCGGUCAUCCAACGUUCAUACCGUGCUUAUCUUAUUCGGAGAGGCUUCAUCUGCAAGUGCUUGCUCAGCAGCAGCAGGCUGGAGAAUGGCGGGACCAAUCAGGACAAGAAGGAGGGCACGCCUUCUACUGCCUCGCUGCCUUCUUACGACAGCGUGACCAAACCCGAGAAGGAGAACCAGGAGGAGAGCGACAGCAAUGGCCAAGAGGGCACAAACCAAAAAGAGGUCGAGGAAUCCAAGUGUUAAGAAUGACGGAGACUGAACUAGUGAUUCGAGACUGAAACUAUCUAUUCCAACAAAUGUAUAGAAAAUCAUUUGUAACAAAAAACACAGAAAUCUUGGGAGAACAAGGUUGUUUACAGACAACAAAUGCACCAGGAAAGCAGCUCAGUUUUUUAUAGAUUUAAUGAUGACCAAACCAACCUAUGAGCUUACUGUCUUAACAUUUGUGCUCAGUGACCAAUACUUUACUGUUCCAACUGCAGCUGAAAGGCACUUAAAAGGAGAAACAAAAUAAUGACCUAUGGCAGACAUCUUUGACCACCUGCCAAAGGACAAAGCAGUACAAAGCAAGCUCAUAAGAUGGAUUCCUUUGCACCAAAACACGUGGAGUUCUGCUAUGGACUGCUUUGAACCUCCCUUUUUUAAACACUACACUGCCAAAAUCCCACUGAAACCUCCCACUCAUCCCGUGGAUUCUGGGAUGUUGUAUUUUAACCAUAGGAGAACCAGUAAUAACGACGUUAACUCAAUCAUGUGGAGUGUCCGUGUUUAAAAAAAAAAGAAAGAAACACGGACACAUUAUGCAAGGGUUUUCAGUUGUUGUGAUGGAUAUCUCACCUUAUUUGACCCACAAAAAGUAGGGGGAAAAGCUCAGUCCAUGCCAUUCAUCUCAUCAUCAUCUCUUUGUUAUACUUACAGAAAAAAAAGUUUUAUACAUGGGCUUUCAAAUCGAUAUAGGGUUGGGGAAUUUUUCAGGGUUUUGACUUGGGCUGAAAGGGACUUACUCAGACUGAGUUCCUGGUAAAUAAAUAAAUAAUUGUGCUCGUUCAAUGCAUAUAAAUGACUUGCAUGGUGGCAUGUUUAGAUCAGGAAUCAUGCAUGUACAGUAUUGUUCAAAAUAAUAGCAGUACAAUGUGACUAACCAGAAUAAUCAAGGUUUUUAGUAUAUUUUUUAUUGCUACAUGGCAAACAAGUUACCAGUAGGUUCAGUAGAUUGUCAGAAAACAAACAAGACCCAGCAUUCAUGAUAUGCACGCUCUUAAGGCUGUGCAAUUGGGCAAUUAGUUGAAAGGGGUGUGUUCAAAAAAAUAGCAGUGUCUACCUUUGACUGUACAAACUCAAAACUAUUUUGUACAAACAUUUUUUUUUUUCUGGGAUUUAGCAAUCCUGUGAAUCACUAAACUAAUAUUUAGUUGUAUGACCACAGUUUUUUAAAACUACUUGACAUCUGUGUGGCAUGGAGUCAACCAACUUGUGGCACCUCUCAGCUGUUAUUCCACUCCAUGAUUCUUUAACAACAUUCCACAAUUCAUUCACAUUUCUUGGUUUUGCUUCAGAAACAGCAUUUUUGAUAUCACCCCACAAGUUCUCAAUUGGAUUAAGGUCUGGAGAUUGGGCUGGCCACUCCAUAACAUUAAUUUUGUUGGUUUGGAACCAAGACUUUGCCCGUUUACUAGUGUGUUUUGGGUCAUUGUCUUGUUGAAACAACCAUUUCAAGGGCAUGUCCUCUUCAGCAUAGGGCAACAUGACCUCUUCAAGUAUUUUAACAUAUGCAAACUGAUCCAUGAUCCCUGGUAUGCGAUAAAUAGGCCCAACACCAUAGUAGGAGAAACAUGCCCAUAUCAUGAUGCUUGCACCUCCAUGCUUCACUGUCUUCACUGUGUACUGUGGCUUGAAUUCAGAGUUUGGGGGUCGUCUCACAAACUGCCUGUGGCCCUUGGACCCAAAAAGAACAAUUUUACUCUCAUCAGUCCACAAAAUGUUCCUCCAUUUCUCUUUAGGCCAGUUGAUGUGUUCUUUGGCAAAUUGUAACCUCUUCUGCACAUGCCUUUUUUUUAACAGAGGGACUUUGCGGGGGAUUCUUGAAAAUAGAUUAGCUUCACACAGACGUCUUCUAACUGUCACAGUACUUACAGGUAACUCCAGACUGUCUUUGAUCAUCCUGGAGGUGAUCAUUGGCUGAGCCUUUGCCAUUCUGGUUAUUCUUCUAUCAAUUUUGAUGGUUGUCUUCCGUUUUCUUCCACGUCUCUCUGGUUUUGCUCUCCAUUUUAAGGCAUUGGAGAUCAUUUUAGCUGAACAGCCUAUCAUUUUUUGCACCUCUUUAUAGGUUUUCCCCUCUCUAAUCAACUUUUUAAUCAAAGUACGCUGUUCUUCUGAACAAUGUCUUGAACGACCCAUUUUCCUCAGCUUUCAAAUGCAUGUUCAACAAGUGUUGGCUUCAUCCUUAAAUAGGGGCCACCUGAUUCACACCUGUUUCUUCACAAAAUUGAUGACCUCAGUGAUUGAAUGCCACACUGCUAUUUUUUUGAACAGACCCCUUUCAACUAAUUCAACUAAUUGCCCAAUUGCACAGCCUUAAGAGCGUGCAUAUCAUGAAUGCUGGGUCUCAUUUGUUUUCUGAGAAUCUACUGAACCUACUGGUAACUUGUUUGCCACGUAACAACAAAAAAAUAUACGAAAAACCUUGAUUAUUCUGGUUAGUCACAUUGUACUGCUAUUAUUUUGAACAAUACUGUAUAAUCAUAGUCCACUUGGCACUGCUACUCAAACCACAUCAGUGGCUUGACCAUACAUUCGACACUGUCCACUAGUUAUCAAAUUAAAUAGAUAUAGCUGGGAAAUGAUUGGUCAAUAGCAACAUAUUUAACUACUGGCUAUGGCAAGUAUAUGUAUACUUACCCUUCGUAUGGGUUGCUUCCUGAUUAACCGACUCUCACACCAUGCGUCAUGUGUGUAUUUUAAGGUGGUCGAUCAAAGCUGUUCCUUCGUUUGGAUAUACAAUAUGGCAACUGCACAUCUGCACACACAUAGAGGUGUUUCACUGCCCUGGACCUAAGGAGAAUUUGGGAUGACCAUUUGGAGAAACAGUAUCACUUGAAUCAAAUCUUGGGUUCAUAAACCUUUGAUUUGUUUUUUACACCAGCAAUAUGAUUCAACUGCCCCUUGAUGUGCAGCUGAGGCUCUGGUAGAGCCUUCAAUAGAUCUUCAAAAGGUACAGCCACCAUGCCAUUUAAACCCUUACAAUGCUUUGAUGGGAUACCAUCUCUUCGAUUUUCCUGGAGUACUUGUCUUCAUGUCAGCACAUCCUCAUGUUUACCAUGAAAAGAGGUUGUCAGUUGUGUUAGCAUCUUGUUUUGUCUGAAAGAUGUUGGAGAAAGCACUCGAGUAGCCAUUUUGAAUGCAUCUCGUAGACCUUUAUUAGCCUUCUCCCUGUUGAAUGAAAAAAAUUAUUGAUGUAUAUUUGUAACAGCUUGGAUUAUACACGUAAACUGGCCUUAAACAGCAGGAAAACAAGGAAGGUGGCACUUUUAGAAUGAAGUGGUGGGUACUUUUUGCUUGACAGCAUGUAGGUUAUUUUAGCCAGUGUUGGUGAUACUACAGAUUGGCUUGUUGCUACCUCUUGAGCAAACUGCCAUUCCUUCUUGCUCUGGGUGCAAUAGAAAUUGUUUGAAUUUGCAACAGUAAUUCCUUUGUUUACAAUAUUUUAGUAAUGUUUCAUUACCUCUCCUAUUUGAUAAGGAUGAACACUUAUUCUGGUGUUACGGUGGAUCAUAGAUAACGUAAUACAAUGCUAAUACAUAGGAACAGGAUUAUGAAAUCAUAGGACAUCUCCAAUCGCUGCGUCAGCAGGCACAGGACACCAGAGAGUCCGGGAGAGCACACUAGUUUACAAACCCACUUCCUCUACUUCUCAGACCUGUAGGUCUGUUUACUGCCUGAGAUCUGUAAAUCAGUGUGGGUGCUGUGGACUUGAACCAAAUGAAGCCUGGUGAAUCACUUAGACUACCGUGUAGUUUUCCCCCCAACUCCCAUUUUAGUUCAGAUGUGAAAUGAAAAAUCACUCUCACUGACUGUAUGACAAGUUAAUGUAUCAUUCAUGUACAGGAAAGGGUCAUGAUGUACAUGGCACAAUUGCUGAAAAGAAUUAACUUUUUAAGGAAAACUAUGAGCAUUGUAAUAUAUUAAUUUAUUUUAAAUGGCAUGCUUUGUUGUGGGUUUUGUAAAUACAGAAUUUUAAAGAAAUACUGCUAUUAAUCUAAUAAUAAAUUAUAACAAUGAUAUAGAAUGGCUUCCAGCUGAUGCCCUUGUCACAUAUUAAUUUUAUUUUUCUCACUUUUAUUAAAGGGAAUUAAAUAAUAUAAUGUAUCAAUAAUAUUAUACAAAGAAUAUAUACGUGUAUGUGAGUGUGUGUGUGUGUGUGUGUCUAUAUAUAUAUAUAAUAUAUAUAUAAUAUGAAAGGAUAUACAAAUGAGCACUGUAAUAUUUAAUGCAAUAUGUCCAGUUGAUGUCCCAAAAAAUUAUGUUGGGGAUGAACACAUGCACGGUUGUUAUCAGCGCUGCUAGGAUAUUUAAAUCUUAUACUGUACAAUGAGAGGGUUAUGCAUAUAUAGACAUCCGCCAUCCUGUCUAUGGACAUUGUGUGGUCACCCACCUGAGCCUGAAAGUCUAAAACAGUUCAUGUAUUGUACUCUAAAGGCCUCCCCAAACACUUCAGUGCCGUUACUUGCGGGCCUGAACAACAGUUUUGUAUGCAUUUUGUAUCUGGGUUUUAUGUGUUCAGUGGUCUGUUUCUAGUGCUACUUCACUAAUUGUUGUGUGCCUUUUACUGCAUUUUCUCCAUGUUCCUUCAUUUUCUGAAUUGCAUUUCACUGCAAUUUUGGAGGAUGGUGCCAUAUUUAACAUUUAGUUGAUGAUGGGGUAAAGACAUGAAAAUUGUAAAUGGAGCACAAUGCAAAUCAGGGACUGUAGUCUGAACAAGGAGUCUGGUGUACUGCUAAUGGGACACUGAAACCAAGAAAACAAGUCCACUUCUUCCAGAUUCAAUGUUUUGAAAUCUUCUGAUGUUCUGUUUUCUGUAUUUUGUGUAUCAUCCACUUGGCUUGUAAAAAAAAAAAAAAAAGAAAAAAAUACAGCUUGCCUUCAGACUUGUGUUUUUUUCCAUCUUUGAAACUCACUUUUGUAUUGAUAUUCAGUUACUGGACUUCCAUUUUUAGCAUGACUAAAAUGCUUUCCAUUUUGUGAAAAGAUUUCAAAAGUGCUUUUCAAACUGUUGUUUUGUUUGACACAGUGUUGUAGGACGACAUAUAAUGGUGUGUAUGGCACAACCACAGGAACUCUUAGUAAGAAUAUAUAAAAGAUUGUCUUCAUUUGAGCACGAAACUUUUUAUUAACAAUAAAGCAGCCUUCCAGUGGCA